UUCCAAUAACAGCGUAGCAGUAUUAAUGACAUUCUGUGACCAAGUUAUUAGUAUGGUUAUUACUGAACUGAUUAACCAAACGAAUCUACAGGAUCGCUUGCGUACCAUGAAAUAUUUCCUGCAGGUUGCUUGUAUUUGUUGGAAGUUACAAAACUUCAAUACAGUGGGAAACAUUGUGACAGCUUUCCGUAAUCCAGUCAUAUUUCACUGGGAAAAAACAUGGAGUCUUUUUAAGGCAAAAUAUCCUUUCACUUACGAUUUACACCAGAAAUUAACAUGGGUGUUUUAUGGUGACAAUUUUCGUUCUUAUCGUAAUGCAUUGCGCAAAGCUGCUGAGAAUCCUCCCUAUAUACCUUGGGUUUUCCAUUUCCUGAGGCAUGUUGCAAUACCAUCUUGGGGCACGUAUGUACACACUUGUAAGAAAAUAAAACGCGGAGUAUUUAACAAAAUUCAUUUAAACGAACAUCUGCACGAUCAAGCAGAAACGAACAUGAAAUACAAAACGUCAAAGCUAUCAAAUUUUGAAAAUGCAUCAGUAACUACACCAAAAAAUAUGACAAAUAUAAAGCCUGAACCAUUAAGAUCAAGAUUUUGCAAAGAUUUGACGUGGAGAUCAGGGAUGAAAGUAGCUUCCAAUAACAAUAAGAACAAACGUAUAGGGCCUUGUGUGAUCACACCUGAUAUGUUAAAAUCUGUUAAGUUACGAAAAGUUUCUAAGCAAGAUAUAUACAAUGAUAGAAGUAAAGAUGAAAAGCAGAAAGGAGUAAAGAAUAUACCACAAAGAUCAGCACUUUUCAAUGAAUUAAGAACAAAGUUUGAUAGUGAAACUUCAUCAGGACUCUCAUCAUAUAUUUGUUCGCAAGAGGUAAUAGAUUCUGUCAAUGGCAUCAGAAGUUCAAAUACAUAUCACGAUAGUCAGUCACAAGUUCCAUCACCACACUCAGGGACCGAUAUUGAAGACAUAUUUCAAAGAACAUUUAAUGAAUAUAUGUCUUCUGAAUGCAGUAUCUCGACUUACUUGAAUGUAAAUAGUCCAUGUGAGGAAACUUAUUGUUUUUGUGAUGAAAUGCGGAAGAGAGAACAUGUUUCAAAGAAAGUCUGA